CUUCGGAAUUAUCAUCAAUACAUCCAUCGUCUUAUUAAAGACGCGUUUUAUUAUCACAAAUAAUCAAAUCCACUUCUUAAUAACUACUUCAUCAUGACUGGACGCGGAAAGGGCGGAAAGGGUCUCGGAAAGGGUGGUGCUAAGCGUCAUCGUAAGAUUUUGAGAGACAACAUCCAAGGUAUCACCAAGCCAGCUAUCAGACGUCUUGCUCGUCGUGGUGGUGUCAAGCGUAUUUCUGCCAUGAUCUACGAAGAAACCCGUGGUGUUUUGAAGACCUUCCUCGAGGGUGUCAUUCGUGAUGCCGUCACCUAUACCGAACACGCCAAGCGCAAGACCGUCACCUCCCUCGAUGUCGUCUACGCUUUGAAGAGACAAGGCCGUACCCUCUAUGGUUUCGGUGGUUAA